AUGGCCGCAAUUCAAAUCUCCUCAGUUACAUUCGAACACCACCCCACUGGAUUUGGGAUCAGCCAUGCCAGCCCUCGGAUCUCAUGGCGCUUCUCUUGCAGACACGAUGACCUCAAGGAAUGGGUGCAAGAUUCUUAUGAGAUCCAGAUCGGUCGACAAAACAACACCGUUGUUGAAACAUACCACGUACAAAGCCCGUCCUCUGUUCUAGUCCCUUGGCCCAGUCAUUGUCUCUCGUCUCGGGAACGUGCUUGGAUAAAGGUCAUGUCUCACGGAAAGGCUUCAAAUGCAGCAGGCAAGGUCAUAACAGCAAGCACGGAAUGGUCAAGCCCAGCGAUUAUUGAGGCAGCGCUUUUUGACAAUGAAGAUUGGAAAGCGAAUUUGACGACCUCAAUAAUUACGCCCAACAAGGACGAGACAAUGCGCCCUCUACUGUUCAGAAAAGUCUUUGGGCUACCGGGAGACUCAGGGCCGAUUUCGAAAGCUCGUCUUUAUAUCACCGCUCAUGGUGUUUACGAGACAUUUGUGAAUGGUCAUCGGAUCGGCAAUGAGGAGAUGGCACCUGGAUGGACUAGCUAUAACCAUCGGCUGCUCUAUCAGACUUUUGAUGUAACUGCAUCGCUUGUCACGGGAAACUCAAACGUGCUUGGUGUUGAAGUGGGGGAAGGAUGGUUCGCCGGUCGCUUAGGAAUGGACCAAAAGCGCCGUUUCUAUGGGGAUCGAUUGGCAUUUCUAGCACAGUUGGAAGUCAACUUUGAGUCUGGCCAGAAGGUUUUGGUGACCUCCGACAACACAUGGAAGUCCCACACAAGUGCAACAACUCGCAGUGAAAUUUACGAUGGCGAAGAUUACGACUCCCGCGAGGAGAGAUGGGGUUGGAAUGACAACGCAAAUCUGGACGAGAGUACCUGGAUGCCAACCCAGCUACUACCGUUCCCUCACGCCAGGCUUCUAGCUUCGGACUCUCCCCCCGUGCGGACCAUAGAAGAGCGAGCCCCUGUUCGAAUCUUCAUGUCCAAGUCUGGUAAGACUCUGCUGGACUUUGGCCAGAAUCUGGUUGGAAAACUGCGAGUUCGUCUCCCAGCAUCAGCUCUGGCAACAACGCCCAAUGGGCACGAAUUGUCAUUCAGCCACGCCGAAGUUCUUGAGCGUGACGAGCUUGGAACACGCCCUUUAAGAGGAGCCACCCCAGUCGACAAGGUUAUCCUGUCCCAUCGUCAGCCCUCAUUUUGGUCACCAAAGUUUACUUUCCAUGGAUUUCGUUACGUCCAAGUAGAUGGCUGGCCGAGCGAUACUGGAUUACCCAACCAUGGAGAUAUCGCGGCCCUUGUUUUACAUAGCGACAUGAGUCGUUCCGGAUGGUUUUCCUGCUCCGAUCCACUCAUCAACCAACUCCAUAAAAACGUCGUUUGGAGCAUGAAAGGAAAUUUCUUUUCCAUACCGACGGACUGUCCUCAGCGUGACGAGCGUUUAGGAUGGACUGGGGAUAUCCAGGUGUUCAGCCCAUCCGCAAACUUUCUAUUCAACACCAAUGGAUUUCUUGGAAGCUGGCUAGAAGAUGUUGCAGCCGAGCAACUGGAAGAUUGCGAGAACGGAGUGCCUGGGCUGGUGGUUCCAGAUGUUUUUGAUGAUCCUCCCCAUCCGCCAGGGCCACAGUCUGUCUGGCACGACGUUGCUGUCUUGACGCCAUGGGAUCUGUACAACAGCUCAGGUGAUAUCGAGAUCCUUCGCAGGCAAUAUACAAGUAUGAAAGCCUGGGUGGAUAAAGGAAUAAAGCGAGGACCAAAUGGUCUUUGGGAUCAAAAUAUUUGGCAAUUUGGCGAUUGGCUGGACCCUGCUGCUCCGCCGUCUGAGCCAGGAUUGGGCCUUACUGAUAGUCUUUACGUUGCUGAUGCUUACCUAGUUCGGGUACUAGGUAUCAUAACCAAGGUCAGCUCUCUUCUUGGGGAGACGGAAGACGCAUCUCGGUAUGCCAAAGACGCAUUGAGUACAAGAAAGGCCUUUCAACACGAAUAUGUUACACCGUCGGGCCUCCUUGUUAGCGAUACUCAAACAGCCCACUCACUUGCCCUGUCCUUUGGGCUAUUUGACAAGCAUGACCAUGUCAUAAAGUCUGCGAGCCGCCUCAGUCAUUUGGUCCACUUGGCUGAGUACCGAAUAGCGACUGGGUUUGCUGGAACUCCUUUAAUCACGCAUGCACUGUCAGACACAGGAAACUACCAACUGGCUUACCGCAUGCUUCAGGAGAAAGAAUGCCCAUCUUGGCUCUAUCCAAUUACAAUGGGUGCGACUACCAUCUGGGAGAGAUGGGAUAGCAUGCUCCCAGAUGGAUCCAUCAACCCAGGAGAUAUGACAAGUUUUAACCACUAUGCUUUGGGCUCUAUAGCCAAUUGGUUACACAAGAACGUUGGUGGAAUUAGCCCUUUGGAGCCUGGGUGGCGGACGAUUCAGGUGAGGCCAGUUCCAGGUGGAACGGUUAUGAACGCAAGUAUCACAUAUGAAAGCCCAUAUGGGCGCAUCGAAUGCUCGUGGAAUAUCAACGAGUCAGGCGACACAUUUGCUCUUACAGUCGUUAUUCCUCCCAACUCAGAAGCCAGGGUCAUUUUACCCUCUUUUUGGAUAAAAAGGGACCAGGAGGGAGAUGAAAGAAGCAUUCCGAUUGGCUCUGGGAAACAUCACUUUUCUUGCACCUACGAGCCUGCCGAAUGGCCUCCAAAGGCAGAGUUUGCGCGUUCGACAUUCCGAGUGAAAGUCUGA